AUGGAACAAGGUGGUCAAAGUUUGAGAAACGAGGACAGAAUCAGUGAGUUGCCCGAGGCUUUGCUUGUGCAAAUAUUGUCUUCCCUUCCAACAAAAGUUGUGGUAGCCACUAGUGUCUUGUCCAAACGAUGGCGCUCUCUUUGGAAGACGAUGCCUAGUCUUGAGUUUAGUUACAAUGCAACGAAUGAUCUUGAGAGGUUUUCAAAUAACGUCUGCAGGUGUUUGCUUUCACAUCAGGCUCCGGUUCUUCAGAGUUUAGAUCUCAGCAUUGAUUCUGAUAAUAAUGAGAAUAGUAUGGAUUGUGAUAUUGGAAUAUUAUUGGGAGUUGCGUUUGGACUGCAUUUGCGUGAACUGAAACUCCAUGUGUCCUCUCGGAAGUUGUUCAGAUUUCCUACAAGCUUGUAUAACUGUGGAACACUAGACACCUUGAAACUCAGUCAUGAUGUUGUGAUAGAUGUCCCAUUUCCGGUUGGUUUGAAGUCUCUUAGAACUCUACACCUUAAAGGGGUGAGAUACAAAGACGACGAAUCAGUUGUCAACCUUUUAUCUGGUUGUUCUCAUCUCGAAAAUUUGGAUCUGAUCCUAUAUGCACGGUCUGGUGUGAAGACAUUCACUAUUGAUGUCCCGUCCUUGCAGAGACUAAUAAUUAGGAGCACUGGUGAAGUGCUCUAUGUGAUAAAGGCUCCUUCAUUGAAAUACUUGGAGGUUGGAUGGUCUAUAAAUUUUGAUUCUAUUCUGAUUGGGUAUACACUUGAGCUGGAGGAGGCUUAUCUUAGCAUCUCUAGUAAAAACUAUGAUUACACUCUGGGAUCCCUCACUUCAGUCAAACGCCUUUGCUUGUCACAGUUCGGUCCGGUACGCUUUGCUUGCAAUUAA